AUGGCUGCCGCUACCACCUCUGCCACGGGUCAACAGCCCACCGUCUUCCCCCACAGCCAUGUCGGUUUCGAUAGCAUCACCUCCCAGAUUGAGCGGAAGCUGUUGAAGCGUGGUUUCCAGUUCAAUGUGAUGUGUGUUGGACAAACUGGUCUGGGCAAGUCCACACUGGUCAACACCAUCUUCGCGUCCCACCUGAUCGACUCCAAGGGCCGUCUUACCCCCAAUGAGCCCGUGCGCUCCACCACCGAAAUCCAGACGGUCUCGCAUAUCAUCGAGGAAAACGGCGUGCGUCUCCGCCUGAACAUCGUCGACACCCCCGGUUACGGAGAUCAGGUUAACAACGACCGUUGCUGGGACCCCAUUGUCAAGUACAUCAAGGAUCAGCACUCGGCAUACCUUCGCAAGGAGCUCACAGCUCAGCGUGAGCGUUAUAUCCAAGAUACCCGUAUCCACUGCUGCUUGUUCUUCAUCCAGCCCUCUGGUCACGCCCUCAAGCCCAUCGAUAUUGUGGUUCUGAAGAAGCUCUCCGACGUUGUCAAUGUCGUCCCCGUCAUCGCCAAGGCCGAUUCUCUGACCCUCGAGGAGCGCCAAGCUUUCAAGGAGCGCAUCAAGGAGGAGUUCGCCUUCCACAACCUGAAGAUGUACCCCUACGACAACGGCGAGCUGGACGAUGAGGAGCGGGCUAUCAAUGCUCAGAUUAAGGACAUCAUUCCCUUCUCGGUUGUCGGCAGUGAGAAGACCAUUGUGGUCAACGGCAAGCAGGUUCGCGGCCGCCAGAACCGCUGGGGAGUCAUCAACGUCGAGGACGAGAACCACUGCGAGUUUGUCUACCUGCGCAACUUCCUGACCCGUACCCACCUUCAGGAUCUGGUGGAAACCACCAGCCAAAUCCACUAUGAGACCUUCCGUGCCAAGCAGCUGCUGGCUCUGAAGGAGAGCAGCGCUGCUGGUGGCCACACCGGUGGCAGCCGUCCCAUCAGCCCCUCGGCGGAUCGGGAACUCAGCCGCAACUCGCAACGUGCGGCCAUGAACGGAUAUUAA